GAGGAUAAGAUCAAUGCCCUCAUUAAAGCAGCUGGUGUCAGUGUUGAACCUUUCUGGCCUGGCUUGUUUGCAAAGGCUCUGGCCAGUGUCAACAUUGGGAGCCUCAUCUACAAUGUAGGGGCUGGUGGGCCCGCUCCAACAGCUGGAGCUGUGCCUGCUGGUGGUCCUGCUCCAUCCACCGCUGCUGCCCCCGCUGAGGAGAAGAAAGUGGAAGCAAAGAAGGAAGAGUCUGAGGAAUCAGAAGAUGACAUGGGCUUUGGUCUUUUUGACUAAACUGCUUUUGUUGACAUGUCCAAUAAAGAGCUGAACCUGUA